AGUGAGGGCGGGCGGGGGGCGGGCUCCUCUAGGAGACGGGCUCCAUCCACCGGAAGUCCCAUUACCAGGUGACAUUGCGGCGAUCUGGCAGAUCGUACCGGAGACCGCAGGUGGCAGUGACCCCUCUCUGCUCUAUCUACCGCCGCCCGAACACUAUUUGUUGACCAAGAUGGAGGCCAUUGUCCGCCGCUGCCCCUUCCUCUCAAGAGUGUCGCAGACUUUCUUGCAGAAAGCUGGGAAAUCUCUGAUCUCCUAUGCCCAGAACUGCCCUGUGAUGAUGGCGCCCAGAACCCUGUCCAGCGCCCAGCUGAGCACCUCCGCCGUGCACCAUCAGGAGACCAAAGAGACGUCCAGCAGCAAACAGAAUGUGGUAGCCUCCUCCCCCGUGUCCCAGGCGCCAGCUGACCACGCAAGUGGCACCAGCAGCAGCCAAAGCGCUUCUAAAUGCCCCUUCCUGGCUGCGCAACUGAGUCAGGAAAGCAGCAGUGUGUUCCGCAAGGCCAGCCUCGCCUUACAGGAGGACGUGCGUGAGAUGCAGAGCCUGAGGGAAGACCUGGACUCGUCACCUGCAGUGGAGCAGGCCAUGUCGAAACCAAAGCCGCAGAAGAAAAUGGGAGUUUUGGAACAAUUUCAGAAACCUGAGCUGGUGUCUCAUCUCCUCCAGGAUAAUAUGCCAAAAUCUGUCCGCACCUUCCAUUAUGACCGAUUCUUUGAAAAGAAAAUUGAAGAAAAGAAGAAUGACCACACCUACCGCGUGUUCAAAACGGUCAACCGCCGCGCUCAGGUGUUUCCCAUGGCCGACGACUAUUCAGACUCCCUGAUCAGUAAGAAGACGGUCUCAGUUUGGUGCAGCAAUGAUUACCUGGGGAUGAGUCGCCAUCCGAAAGUUGUCGGAGCAGUCAUGGAAACCCUGAAACAACAUGGAGCUGGAGCAGGUGGCACCAGGAACAUCUCAGGAACAAGUAAAUUCCAUGUGAAUCUGGAACAUGAAUUGGCCGAUCUGCAUGGUAAAGAUGCUGCGCUGCUGUUCUCCUCGUGUUUCGUGGCGAAUGACUCCACGCUGUUCACUCUGGCUAAAAUGUUGCCUGGAUGUGAAAUCUACUCUGAUGCUGGAAACCAUGCCUCAAUGAUCCAGGGUAUCAGGAACAGCCGUGUACCAAAGUAUAUAUUCCGCCACAAUGAUGUUGCCCAUCUUCGGAAUUUGCUAAAGAAUUCUGACCCCUCCACCCCGAAAAUUGUAGCUUUCGAGACUGUCCAUUCCAUGGAUGGCGCUGUCUGUCCCCUGGAGGAAAUGUGUGACGUGGCACAUGAAUACGGAGCAAUCACAUUUGUCGAUGAAGUGCAUGCGGUCGGGUUAUACGGUGCCCGGGGUGGUGGUAUAGGAGAUCGUGAUGGAGUCAUGAAUAAGAUGGAUAUCAUCUCUGGGACUUUGGGUAAAGCAUUUGGCUGUGUUGGUGGCUACAUUGCCAGCACCAGCACUCUGGUAGACACUGUCCGCUCCUAUGCUGCUGGUUUCAUCUUCACCACUUCUUUACCACCUAUGCUGCUGUCUGGAGCCAUGGCGUCUGUCCAGCUACUGAAGAGUGAAGAAGGGCAGGCUCUGAGACGCCAGCAUCAACGUAACGUUAAGCUCCUGCGGCAGAUGCUGAUGGAUGCUGGCCUCCCUGUGGUGCACUGCCCCAGCCAUAUCAUUCCCAUUAGGGUUGCAGAUGCUGCCAAAAACACAGAGAUCUGUGACCAGCUGAUGAGCAAAUACGACAUCUAUGUACAAGCGAUCAACUAUCCUACAGUCCCACGUGGGGAGGAACUUCUGAGAAUCGCUCCCACUCCCCACCACACACCCCAGAUGAUGAGCUACUUCCUGGAGAAGCUGCUGAUCACCUGGAAUGAAGUGGGUCUGGAUCUGAAGCCGCACUCCACCGCUGAAUGUAACUUCUGCCGGCAGCCGCUGCACUUCGAGGUGAUGAGUGAACGUGAGAAGUCCUACUUCUCGGGUCUAAGUAAAGUUGUAUCAGCGAGUGCCUAACACAGGCCACAUGGUGCCAGAGUCUAUAGUCCUAAAUUUAUGUCGCACCACAUUGUGCGUCCAAUGAUCACUGUUAUCACUAUGAAUAUUGUAUCUGCCAAUGGUUGUCUGUUAUUAAAGUAUAUCUUUCAUAUGGUUUUAAAGUC